GGGUUGAAUAUAGGGAGGGGAGAUAAAGUGAGAGAAAGCCAGACCGGGGAUACGCUACUUUGUGUUGCUUAUCGGUUCAGUGUAACUUUGUAUUUGAAUUUAUUGAGAGUGCAAAGAUGUACAGCUACAGCAAGCCGGGUCACUUCACCUGGACGGCAACAUUGAAGGAAUUUGGAAGCCACACUAAUGGGGCACGAUCGCGGCCCACCAUGGCAGCUUCGAGCUCCAGCGGACUCGAGGUGCUACUAAACACGCUGCAGAAUGGCGGAGAUGUUGAAAGCACGCUAAAUGUCCUCAACGUCCUGGAUGAACUUUUGUCAGCAGGCACAGACAGACGGAUUCAGUUUAUGAUAUCGAAAGGGGGCAGCGAGGCUCUUUUGACGGCUCUGGGGAACACCGCCCGGUGCCACACCCCCAACUACACCAUCCUGUUGCCGCUGCUGCACUUGCUGGCCAAGGUGGGCCACCGAGAUCGUCAGAUUGGUGUGAAGGCAGAGAAGAUCGAUGCGGUUCUCCUGGUUCUGGAUUUGCUACGGCAGAAUGUAAAGAACUCCAGAAGAGCUGCGGCCUGCCUGUGGGUCAUCCAAGUCUUCUGUUCUUCUGUGAGCACUGCGGUCGUGCUGGGAAGGAACCGAGGCCUGGACGUGGUCUUCAAGCUCAUAUCUCCACACACAACCAAGCACUUGCGCACUGUCAAGGCAGCCAUUGACGCUUUUGCCGCAAUGUUGUGCUCAAAGGUCAACUGUCAGACUGCUGUUGCCAAAGGCUACAUCUCUGAUCUUCUGAAGCUGUAUGAAGACUGGCACAACAACGAUGCCAACCAUGAGAACAUUCCUAUACGCAAAGCCUUACUGCAUUGUAUGCACCGUGCCGCCAACUCUAGUGUGGGCAGAGACGCUCUUGUCACUGAGGGUGGCAUGCGUCUUCUCCUCCAAACCACUCAGACCUUCUUGACCUUAAAAAGCCUCGAGUCGUUGGUGGAGCCAGCAGUCCAGCUUAUGAGGAAGUGCUAUCCUAAAGUCCCCAUUCCACUGAGCUCAGAUAAGAGCACCUACAGCUUUCCUCUUCCUGGGAGACCUGUCGAUGACUGGGGCGCUGAUUUAGGACCUUACGAUGGCUGUUUAGAAGAUGACAGUGACGAGGACAUGGAGAACGAAGAUCUAGACAAGGACUAUGAGGAUGACCUAGAAACAGAUGUCAACAAGCUCCAACCUCGACCCGAGCCUGACAGACCCCUGGAGCAGCUGGGCCAGUACAUGCGCUUCUGCCCAGAACUGCACCAUGACUUCCAGGACUUGGAAUCCAGCUCUGAGGUUGAUGAAAGCUCCAGUGAAGACAGUCCUCUGGAGGGGGACUUCAACAAGAAGAAGGCACAUGGCAGAAAAUCUAAAGCAGGCCAGAGGAACCCCUUGUCACCCUCCGGUUCGGAAUCAUCCAACUCCACUGGGAUAGACAAAAAGCACAACCCUGGAUCUGAGGAAGAGAGCCAUCUCCAAACUAGGGAUUUGCACACACAUUACCUCAACUGCUCUAGGAACAUCCAAGAGGGCCACUGCACCAUGGUGGACAGGCUUUUGGAGAAGUAUGGGACCUGGAUUCCUAACCACGAUCCACGUCUGUAUGCUUCCACUGCAUCUGAUACCAAGUCUAUUGGUGGAUACUCUAUCCUAGCUUUUCCUGACUUUUGGGGAAACUUGCCUCCAAAAAAGCAAGAACCAAUGGCUAAAAGACAACCACAUGUACAGAGAAAGAAAGUUUUCGAGGACAUCCAGCGUCUUCUCUGCACAGAGGAAAUGAUCAACAAGGUUGCUUUCGACCUGGAAGAUCCGAGUCUGCAGUGUUCCACCGAAGAACGUCCCGGCUCACUUCGUUUCUUCUCCAAAUUCGAGAGUGGGAACCUGCGAAAAGCCAUUCAAGUUCGCAGUCAUGAAUAUGAUUUGAUUCUCACCGCCGAUGUCAACUCCUCUGAACACUAUCAGUGGUUUUAUUUUGAAGUCAGUGGUAUGGUGGCCGGAGUGCCGUACCGCUUCAACGUCAUCAACUGUGAGAAAGGAAACAGUCAGUAUAACUACGGCAUGCAGCCUGUACUGUAUUCGGUGAGGGAGGCUUUGGAUGGGAGACCACACUGGGUGCGAUCAGGCUCUGAGAUUUGCUACUACAGAAAUCAUUUCUGCCCUAAAGGACGUCAUCGUUCUCAUUUCUACACCCUGACGUUCACAGUGACCUUUCCUCAUGAUGAUGACGUGUGUUACCUGGCCUAUCACUACCCCUACACCUACUCCACACUGCAGACCCAUCUGAAGAUGUUAGAGAAGUCGGUAGAUCAACGGAAGAUUUUCUUUAGACAGCAGAACCUCUGCGACACGCUGGCGGGGAACUCCUGCACCUUAGUGACGAUCACAGCCUGCCCCGCUUCCAAAGCCUGGAAAGAUCUGCACCAGCUGCGUAACCGGCCAUGUGUGGUACUGACAGCAAGGGUUCAUCCAGGGGAGAGCAAUGCCAGCUGGGUAAUGAAGGGUACACUGGAGUUCCUGUGCAGCAAUGAUCCUGUAGCAGAAAGUUUAAGAGAGGCCUACAUCUUCAAAGUCAUCCCUAUGCUCAACCCUGAUGGGGUCAUUAAUGGCAAUAAUCGCUGCUCUCUCAGCGGAGAGGAUCUCAACAGGCAGUGGCUAAAACCGGACCCUGUUUUAAGCCCGACGAUUUAUCACACCAAAGGGUUCCUGUAUUACCUCAACAGCAUAGGCAGAACUCCACUGGUGUUUUGCGAUUACCAUGGCCACUCCAGGAAGAAAAAUGUUUUUCUGUACGGCUGCAGCAUGAAGGAAACACUCUGGCAAUCUGGAUCUACAAUUAACACGGUCUCCCUGAAAGAAGACCCGGGUUACAGGACCAUCGCUAAAACUUUGGACCGAAUAGCUCCUGCGUUCUCUUUCAACAACUGCAACUAUCUGGUGGAAAAGUCACGGGCAUCCACGGCACGGGUGGUUGUUUGGAGGGAAAUUGGAGUUCUCAGAAGCUACACCAUGGAAAACACUUAUAACGGCUGCAAUCAGGGAAUUUACAAGGGUCUACAAACAGGGACUCGGGAGCUGGAGGAAAUGGGAAUGAAGUUUAGCCAAAGUCUCAUCACCCUCAGUAGGAACACCAUCCAUUACAACAGCCGUCUGAUCCACAACGCAGCUACCCUGCUGGACCUGGAUGACAGACUCCUCGACCACAAAUCCAAUAAUUGCAGCGAGGAUGACGAGCCACCCUGCGCAGAAGAGAUCCAGUACUCGUCCUGCAGCGACCUGUUCGGUGCCAACGAUCUGGACGCGGAGGUGAACGCUAACGCAUCCAGCGUAGAAGAGGAUGAAGGUGAUGCUGAGGUCUGCAAAAAGGGGCGGCGGCUUACUGACAGGAAAUCUCACCUCCUUCCUCACUUCCUGCAGCAAGAUGCCCUGGAAACUUUAGGCAUCAGGAGUGGACAGUGUAAUAACAUGGACAUCAGUAACCGAUACUUUUAUUAGGAACCUCUUGUUUGUCUUUUCUGUUGUUUAUAUUUUAUAUUAAAGUAGUGUCUUGAGUGUUACUGUAGCUUAGCCUGAAACAGUUCACUUAGAAACUCGAUAACACUUUCUAUGAAGCCUGCAUUAUUUGGUUAUUAUAUCAUAAUACAAUAUUAUAUUUUUAUAAUGUAUUAAAUAUUUUGGGGGCUGAUACCGAUACCGAUUUAAACAGACAACUUCUGGCCGAUACCGAUAUUAAACACUUGUAUACAAUACUAUACAGUUGGUCUAUUUGCUAGUUUAUUUCUGCAUCAAAUUAUUUUUACUGAACAUGGAUUUGAUCUAAUUAACAUUCAACUGACCAACAUUAUAAGAGAGGCACAAAUUAAGCUAAAACAAAUAUAAUAAGACAGCAUGACAACCUUCAAAGGUGGUUUUGCUAUUCAGCAUUUAUUUUAUUAACAACAUUAACUUGUUUUUUUACAUAUAAUGGAUUUCUUUAUGCAGUUAAUUAAUAAACAAUCGGUAUCGGCCUUUCUCAUGCCAUUGCCGAUAUGCCGAUGGUUUAAAAUUCAUAAAAAAUCGGCCGAUAAAUAUCGGCGGCCGAUACAUCGGUGCAUCACUAGUAUUAUACACUGUCAGAAAAAAAUGGUCCCUAGCUGUCACUGAGGCGGUACCCUUUCAAAAAGUACCCCUUUGCAUCUAAAGAGUUCAUAAAAGGACCUCAUAGGUACAUAUUAGUACCAAUGUACACGGGUCAAUGAAGUGACAUUAAUUGUUUUGUGUCCGUAUGGUUCAUUUAAUAUAAAAGGGUUAAAAUUUUCAAAAUGAAUUUGCAGAUUACUUGCAUACAUUCUCUUUGUGGAGGACUAGAAGUCUAAAAUUUCUGGUUUUAUUUCAUAUUGAAAGAAUAUUUGGGAAAUAUUUGCAAAAAUGUCAUUGUGGUAUAACCGGUCUGUGUCAGUUGGUGUAACUAGUAUUUUUUAAAUGAAAAUAUAAAUAUAUUCAUAAAAAUGUGGAAUAAAUGAAUAUAAUCAUCUAGUUUAGUGUAACAUAAUUUUUUUUACAUACACUUGUCAAAGAUUAUUUAGAAAACAGAGCUGUUUUUAGCAUAUGUCCAGACAAAUAUUACAAAAACGCAUACAAAUUUACAUUUAGCAAUAACUAAUAAAAUGUAUAUUCAUGUGAUAUUUUAAAAAUAUUUGAUAAUGAUUAUGCUUACAUGCCAUCAAGGUGGAUAAAAUAUUUAAUAUUUCUCAUUCUUUGGCGCAAUUGGCGGUUACACCGUUUGACAUUUUCAUGUCCAUUCGGUCUUAACUUUCAUAAAAAUGGUGCAAAUGUAAUAAAAUCAACAUAAAUACACUAUGUACAUUGAAAUAUUCCUGCCACAUGCUUCUUUAAAGAUUUUUGAAUUUCUCAUCUUGCCAAACCGUUUUUGUCACUGAUCCACACAUAUUAGGACCUCUUUUAAAUUUGCUGUACUGCCCCAUUGACAGCCAGGACAAUUUUUUUGGACGAUUUUUUCUGGCACUGUAGGUUUCAUAUCUUUAUCUAGUACAUCUGUUUCACGAGUUCGAAUUAACAUGUAAUCGAUAGGGAAUGAGAUAAAGCCUUUUUUGGCAUGCUGUCCGAGGGACAGGCUCAGAGUUCGAAAAUUUAUCCCCAACGCAGAGUGCUCCCCCCUCUUUAACUGGGAUUGAUGAAACUAGAUGAGAGUGAGGAGAUGGGGUGGAGGAGGGAUGCUGCAAAAAACUGUCACGGGACAGAGAUGAGGGACUGCUAUUUAUAGGCCCCUCUUCAUGCUGAUUGGUUGGAUCACAUGACCAUGCUUCUCCCGAACUUAGUUAAAAAAUAAUUCAUAUAAUGAUUGGUCUGAUACCGCUUAAAGUGACAAAUGCAAAUUCGUCUUAUAAACAUUAUGACCACAACAUAAUGCUGUUACAAUUAUUUGCAUUAUAAAUAUAUAAAAGUAUUAUGAGCAUUAUAAAUAUGGACUUCAUAGAAAGUGUUACUGAAAAUACUUUCAUCAUUUACUCAUCACUUGUUCAAGCCAGUAUGACUUUAUUUCUAAGCGAACAUAAUUUAAUUAAUAACUUAUUGAGUUGGUGGAUGAUUCAGUACUAUGGUACAUUAUUACUUGCUUAAUAAAGCACAUAAUAAGGAGUGGCAGCUCAAAAGUGCAUGCGGCCCGCUGAUCAUUUCAAUCAGCAAGGAAUAAUUGACGACAUGCCGUUGAAUUAUUCGAAAAUAAUGCACACCUAUGCGGCACAAUGUAAAGCUUAUACCACCGUUACCACAAAAAUUGCUCUGGUGGUUAUUUUUAAGACAUUUUGCAGGUUAGGUGUGCGUUUUACAACCAAGGGACAUUUUUCAACCAAUCAGAAUAGAGCAUUCAACAGCCCUGUGGUAUAAUAAGCACAUAAUCUAAUAUUUUGUAGUUCUGAAGAGAAAAUCAUUUGGUUUUUGAACAACAAAAGUAAACGAUGAGCGACUGUUUGGUUAAACUGUUUAUUUAAGCUUUAUACCGAAAUAUUUAGAUAGAGCAAGAAUCAAUGAAUGUGAGAUGAGAUUUUAUCCGUCACCCGUAGUCUUUGCGAAUCUAAGCUACUUAAUGUUUAGAGCAACACUUGAAUAAUAAUUCACUUUUGUGUAGUCAUACGAAAAGCAAAUGGUUUGGUCUUUGCAGUGUCUCAUGUAUCUUAAUUUUUUUUUUACCCUACUCCCAGACUAAAAUGCAUAUUUAAUCUGCCUUAAUUUAAAAACACCUUGCACUGACACAUAUUUAUAACAUAUAGUAGUGACAUUGUUGUGUUUCAAGAUGCACACCAGUAAUGUUUUUGUAAAAUGACUUAAAUGUCCUAAUUCUGGAUUAAUCUGGGAAAUCAUCCCCUUAAAUGUGUUUGUUUACGACUGUUCUUACUGUAAACCGUAGUAGUACAGACAGGUACAGUAGCUUACCGGAGUAAUUCAAGUAUGCCUGCUAUAUAACAGGGUUUUUAUCGUAAAUAUGAUAGCACUGCAGAUAAAGUUUACUUUAAAUGUUUAUUAUGUUAGCAGUUAGUUAAUAUUUAUAUUUUUAGUAUGUUUUAUUUUUCAGUGUUGAGGUGAUAAAACUGUUAUAGAUAUUUUAACUAUGAAUUUGUUUAUAUACAGUGGGGUCCAAGUUUAAGAUCACUUGUGAAAAUCCUACUAUUUUAAUGUUUUAUCUGUCUGUC